GAAAGAGUUUGUCAUUUUAUUCACUUCCUAAAUUGGCAAAGAUGGAUCUGAAAAUCUUCAUUGUUCUCUUCUGCGCUCUUUUCACUGGAGGACAUUCGCUCCAAUGUUAUGAGUGUUCAGGUGUAAAUGGUUCUUGUGUAAGCAAAGUGACGACGUGUCCGGACACUGCCGUAUGUUCAAGUUUAACAAUGGUGCAAAAUACUGGUGGGACUGAAGUUACAAUACAGUAUAAGGGCUGUAGAGUGAUGAAGUAUUGUAUAAGUGGAUCUGUUAACCUUGGAAUUAUAAGCUCAGUUACAUCUACACAAUGCUGUAACACCGACCUCUGUAAUAUCAAAGACGUCCCAGUUUACAGCUCUAACACGCCCAAUGGAAAACAAUGUUACUACUGUGAUGAUCCUACAAGUUGCUUAAACAAAUUAAACUGUUCAGGAGAAGACGACUACUGCGUUACAGUAACAGCAACUAAUGGGUCUCUAACAGAGACUGUUAAAGGAUGCGCCUCUAAAUCCUACUGUGAUGCUGUACCUGCAUUACUUGAGCCUCAAAUGCACUUCAAAAUGUCAUGUUGUCAGGGGAAUCUGUGUAACGGUGCUAAGAGCGUCACACAGAAUCUCCUCUUUCUCUUAUGGCCGCUCUUCUUCUUCAUCCUGAUCCACUGAAUUCCGCGAAAUGUCGCUCUCUACAGCAGUAAUGUAAUAAAAGAGCUUUAUGUUUA